ACACUACAGUGCUGUCAUUUGCCGGUAGUUGAAUUGUUAUUGUUUGUUUAAACUUUUUCCUUACUCUUUCCGAAAUGGAGGAAGAAGAUUUAGGUGACGAUUUCUCGUACAAUAGUGUUGCCAUUCAGUCAAGUGAAAAACAUGAACGCGUUAUCAUCCAUAUAGAUAUCGACUGUUUUUAUGCCCAAGUUGAAAUGAUUCUAAAUCCAUCUUUAUGUGGCAAACCACUUGGUAUCAAACAGAAAAAUAUUGUUGUAACCUGUAACUAUGAAGCAAGAGCGCUGGGUGUUGAGAAACUUAUGUCAAUAAAGACCGCACUAGAAAAGUGCCCUUCCUUAGUACUUGCAAAUGGAGAGGACUUGAAAAAGUAUAGAGACAUGUCAGAGAAGAUUUAUCAAAUUCUUCAAUCGUUCAGCCCAUUUGUGGAGAAACUUGGCUUGGAUGAAAAUUUUAUUGACAUUUCCCACAAAAUCAACAAGUCCCCUGAAAUUAAACCAGAAGUUUCUGGACACAUUUUCGAAGAAAAGAACAGUGAUGAAACUUGUGCAUGUGGUUGUACAGACAGACUAAAAGAAGGUUCUAUUAUUGCUCAGGAAAUGCGAAAUCAACUAAAAAGUGAACUUGGAAUCACCUCCUGUGCUGGAAUUGCUUGUAACAAGCUUCUAGCUAAAUUGGUUGGAGCAACCCAUAAACCAAAUCAGCAAACCACCUUGUUCUCAGCAUCAUCUUUAAACUUGAUGAAAUCAUUGAAGCAUCCUAGAAAUAUUCCUGGAAUUGGUUCAGCAAUGAACAGAAAACUAGAGGUUCUUGGUAUUGACACCAUAGAAAAACUUCAAGCAGCAGAUUUGUUUAAGCUUAUUGAAGCACUUGGAGUCAAAACAGCUAACCAAAUUCAACAACUGAGUUUUGGGAUCGACGAUAGUCGUGUCAAAAUAACCGACAGACCGAAAUCUAUUGGAGCCGAAGAUGGAUUUCCUACAAUCAAAAGUGAAACUGAAGUGCGCAAGAAGCUCAAGUGCCUGCUAGAUCGAGUUUGGGAGUUAGUGGAGAAGGAUGGCCGUAGACCAAGUCAAGUUAAAUUGACAGUUCGGAAAUUACAUGCGACCAAUCACAGUGUCAGAGAGGCCCGCCAGACUGCAAUAGAUCUUACGACUGGAGUUCCUAGCAACGCGCCAUUAGGACCGUUAAGUGAAAAUCAAGAAAAAAAAGUCAUCACGACUCUAAUGAAUCUCUUCGAAAAGGUAGUAAAUUGCGAUGAAUCGUGGCAAGUUACAUUGUUGGGUAUUUCGUUCUCUGGUUUUCCCUCUGGCAUCGAAAGCCCAGCGAAAAAUUCCAUCAACAAAUAUUUUACUAGUUCAUCGCGACCGAACGAAACUUUGCCACCUCCAACUAAGCGUGGACGCUUUGACGAAUCUGUCCUCCAAGAAUUACCUGAUGACAUCCGUCAAGAAGUUUUAGAAGAUAUGAAGUGUCAAAUACCAUCAUCAAGCACCUCCCAACAGUCAGCAGAUUUUGAUUGUCCAAAAGGUGUCGAUCCUCAAGUUUUUCGCGAGCUCCCGGUGGAGAUCCAGAAGGAACUGCUGGCUGGGGAGAAAAAUAAGAAGCCAAUCGCAACCAAAAAACCUAAUAACUUAUUACAGUACUUCCGUAAAGUGUAAAAAUGUGUUCUGUAGUAGCUAUAAAUGAUCAACAAAGA